AUGGAGAAGGGGAGAGGAGGGGAGGGGUUAAUUUGUGCAAUUCCUGACCGCUUGAAAUAUGAUGAUGCUUGCAACCUUCAAGAUUGCAGUGGUGGGAUGAUCAUAAAGAAGUUCAAGAAAGGCUGUCCAUAUAGGGAUGGACAAUUUUUUCCCCCGAAGCGGGAACAGGACUUUGGAG